AUGUCGUCUCGCAACCUUCAGCAAACGCUCGACUUCAUCGCCGGCCUCGACCUCGGCUUCUACGACAAGAACGGCCGAAUCACUCUGUCUGACAACGAAGAGAGUGCCCUCGUCAACGACGGUGUCUGCAGCUCGUUCGCGGCGAACAUCACCGGCCAAAUGAAGGCGGACGUUAUGAACUCGGUCCUCCUGGCCCAGCUGGCCGCGAAUGCCAAGUUCAACCGCCAGACCCAGGUCGACGAAUGGUACGACGAGUACCGCAAGGUCCUCGAGACGGUCGGCUGGAUCGUCGAGCGAUUCGCCCUUGACAAGAUCAACAACACUGACGAUUACGGAGACGUGUCCGCGCUCGUCCUUGAUAUAGCCAAGGCGAUCCUCUCCCCGAACGAGCUGCCUCUGCUCGUGAAGACCAUCGAUUCUUUGAAGAGCGGGGCCAACAAGGACGCGUACAGGCUCUACAACAACAGCGCCAAGUCAGCUCAGAGCGCGAACUUCCAAGUCGGCACGGUCGUGAGCUCGGGCGAUGACCCCGUGUUCAAACUUACGGCUCAUACCUUCAGCGCUAGCAUUGAGGUCCUCGACAUUCUCUUCUUCUCCUUCGGAUCGAGCUCGGUCAGCUUCCGCGCGGGUUAUCAGGCCAUGACCCUCAACAGUAGCUUCUACGCCAAGGUCAGAGAGGCCGUCCUCGAGAAGCUUGGCAACACCGUCCAGGACUUCAUCGCGAACAUCAACCUCGGCUGA